AUGACUGGCUGUUGCAUACAGGGUUGUCGCAACAGAAGCGAACAAGGAUAUUAUAUGACAACUUUUCCUGUAGAUAUAAGAAGAAAGGCAUUAUGGCUACAACAUAUCGGGAAAGAAAACUGGAAACCUAAGCCAUAUUCAUCUAUUUGUGAGGUACAUUUUGACAAGGAAAUGUGGGAAAGACUUCGACAAGAUGGAAAAAAAAAAUUGAAAAGAUGUGCAAUACCAACAAUUUUUCCGGUUCAACACAAACUUCUUGGAGUAGCUGAAUCUGUGGGAUUGGAAACAAAGGGAAAUGACAAAAAUAACGAGGAAAAUAUUAAUAAACAUAUAACAAUCGAUUCUGUGGACGAUUUUAAUAAUAACACAUUUCAAAAUAAUGAUAACAAUGAAAAUAUUAACACUGAAUUCAUAAAUACUGUUAAAGAGCUUCCUGAAAACGAAAAUAAUAACACACAUAUAUCUACAGCAACAUUGCCUAUAUCCAAUAUUACAUCAUCUAUAUCAGAGUGUGCUCUCCAACAAAUAAAAUUAUUGCAUCAACAAUGUUGGAGCAAUGAAUCGAUCCACAUUGUAACCCCAUUGCAACUCGAUCGAUAG